GAAGAGGAUCAAAAUCAGAUAUUUACAAAAUUACAGAGCAUAGAAGCUGUGACUGAUGAUAAACGAGUAUUAAAACAUAUAAUGAUUAAUAUUCUCAACCUGAGGAAUGGAAUGGAAGAUAACCUACUCCUAAUCCAACAAAUCAACCUGAUGAUACAGAAGGAAGGAGAGGAGCAGAAGGGGUUUGAUGAUGUUAUCCAUGCUGCCCAGCAACAUAUUGACUCCAUUAACACAGUGUUUACGCUGGGAAUAUCCUGGCUUCAAGAUGACAUCAGUUUUGUUCUGAAAACUUUGGAUGAAGAUGAGUCCAAUGUUCUAACUAUUGAGGAUGGGGAUAAUUAUGAUGAAUGCAAGGAAGGGUUUGAUGGUGAUAUGGAGACCUGUGAGGAUGUAAAGAUAGAUAUGGACGAACUGGAGAACACUGUGAAGCAACUUAAUCAAGAUUUAAAAAAAGAAUCGAAUGAAGAAAUGAAAGAUGUUGAUGGUUCGUCUGAAAAUCUGGAAUGCAAAACAAUUCUUGAAUAUCCUUGUGAUCAGUGCGACUUCCGAACUAGCAAUUCAAAAGAUCUAAAGCAACACAUGGUCGAUCUUCACAGUGAUGUUUUGCAUUAUUGCGAUAAAUGCGAUUAUGUUGGAACAUGCAAGUUGCAUCUGAGAAAGCACAAGAAUAGACAGCAUGCUGGACAUAGAUUUCCCUGUGAUAAAUGUGAUUAUGUGGCAGGAACUAGACACGUUUUAAACGGCCACAUUGAGUGCAGGCAUUCUGAUAUAAAAACACUGUGUGAUCAAUGUGAGUAUACGGGAUCUAAGGCGCAAGUAAACCUUCACAAAAAAGUUAAACACGAAGGCGUCAGAUUUUCUUGUGAUAUUUGUGAUUAUAAAGCGACUCGUCUUAAUCAUUUGAAGGAACAUAUUCAACGAAGACACGAAGGGGUUCGAUACUACUGUGAUCAAUGUGAAAGUUCUUUUAGUGCAGAGGGUAAUCUAAAAAGACACAUAAGAAAUAUCCACGAAGGACAAAAGUAUCCUUGUGAUGAAUGCGAAUAUUCUGCUUCCCAUCAGAGUCAAUUAAAACUUCAUGUGGACGCGGUACAUAAAGGAAUUCAAUAUUCAUGUGAAAGAUGUGAGUAUGUAGCAUCUCACUCUAGAUCCUUAAGAAUACACAGAAUUUUGAAGCAUGAUGAGCCGGAUUUACCUAACGGGAAACAUUCUGGAUGUGUCUAUCCCUGUGACAAAUGUCAAUAUAUUGCGGGAAAUAAAUCAAAUUUGAGAAUGCACAUUGAAAGUAAACAUGAAAGAUCGAUGUCUUUUAUGUGUGAUCAAUGCGACCAUAUGGCGUCUACGAAGGGUAAUUUAAAAGUACAUAUAGAAAAUAAACAUAACAAAAGCAACAUAUAUUCCUGUGAUCAGUGUAGUCAUGUGACCCAUACUAAAAGUAAUAUGAAAACGCACAAAAUGAGACACGAAGAAGGUCAACAUUUGUGUGAUCAGUGUCCCUAUAUUGGGAAAGUUAAGUCUGAUCUAAAAAAGCACAAACAAAUUAAACACGAAGGUGUGCGUUUUCCCUGUGAUUUAUGUGAGUAUGCUGCACAAGAUAAAGCACAUCUUAGAGUUCAUAAGGAAAGUGUGCAUUUAGGAAUUAAGUAUCCUUGUGAUCAGUGCACGUUUUCAGCAUCAACUAAGGCUAAUCUUAAGCAGCACAAAGAAAGCAAGCACGACUUGAGAAAGUAUCCUUGUAACAUAUGUGAACACAUUGCAUCAACAACCUAUGGAUUAAGAAAGCACACUAAAAGUAAACAUGAUUAUAUCCAUAACAUUUUGCUACAAAACCCUGGUUAAACAAUCAAAGUUUUACUUAAAAAAAUAUUCGAACCAUUUUUGGGCUGUAGAUGUGUUAUUUAGUGGAUUUGUAUUUUUUUUUCAUGCAUGCUAUUCAAAACGUUUAUGAAGAAAUUGAGCCACUAGCUUAAAGUUUUUAUUCCCUAUAUCUUUGCAACCUUCGAUACUUCUAAUUAAGAUUUUUGAUCAAACAAAAGGCCGCGACGACAUUGGGCUGCAAAGAGUUUCUGGCAAAGACUCAAUUCCUAUGAGAUCA